GAAGUUUUGUUUGACCGAAAAGUGCCAACGACAUCGCAUCGCAGUUCCUGUUCUCACGGCGCAGCACUUUGCUGACCCGGGGCGCUGGGAUUCUUUGACGAGUUCUAUCUCGGCCAUCCCGCCGCCGCCUCUGUGUCGUGAUUGCGUUGGUUUGCGUCACACUCGCAGAAGUGUCCUCACCGCUGCAGGAGCUUUCUGGAGCUUCAUUCUGUCGGUGCAGUUUACCCCCAAUCGCCGACAGCUCGAGCCAGCCCCAAAACGACCACAACAGCCGUCAUGAGUUUUUCAAUCGAGGUUCCUGGCGAGGCCUCGCCUCUAAGCUUGCAUGAACUCUUUCGCGUCCUUCAAGCAGCCUCGUCGUACGACAGCAGCCAACGCCAGUCAGCCGGCCAGCAACUUUCCGCCUGGGAAGCGAUCCCGGACUACUAUCCUGGACUUCAGGCUGUUUUCCUUGACAGAACGCUACCCCGCGAAGUCCGCCUCCUAGCAAUAAUACAAUUGAAGAAUGGCAUCGACAAAUACUGGAGGCAGCACACAGCCAAGAAUGGCAUCCCCCCGGCCGAGAAACAUGCCAUUCGGACCAAUCUUUACAGUGGCACAAUCGGCGAGCCUGACAAGCAACUGGCUCUACACAAUGCUCUCGUCAUCGCCAAGGUUGUGCGCAUAGACUUUCCGACAGACUGGCCGGACGCCUUGAGCAGCCUCAUCGAGAUACUACGGUCAAGCAAAGACGGCGAUCAGUUGCACCUAAUGGGCGCCCUCACCGUUCUCCUGCGGAUUGUCAAAGAGCUUGGCACGGCACGAUUGCGUAAGUCGCAGACUGCGUUGCAGAGCGUGACACCAGAGUUGGUGUACGUCCUCGGAGACAUAUAUGACAGCAAGUCGCGCCUAUGGACCGAAAUGCUAUCCUCAGGACAUGGUCAGGAGACUGGAGUGCAAGUUUCCAUGGAUUGUAGUCUUACAGCAUUCAAGAUCCUACGGCGACUGCUGGUUGUGGGUUACGAGCAACCCCACCACGACAAGACUGUGCAACAAGUCUGGACAUUCUCACAAGCACAAUUUGAACAAUUCCUCGGCUACAUGAAUGAGGAGACCUCAAUUCCUUCCGAACAGCUGCAGACCAUCGGCAAACAUUUAAUGCAGUUCACCAAGCUCCACCUAGAGAUGGCAGAUCAACAUCCAGCAAGCUUCGCUGCCCUGCCCAACUCUAUCGAGCUCAGCCGCGCCUAUUGGAACCUUGUGUCCUCCUUCUCAGAAAGCUACGACAGGUCAGGUGGAAUACGGCAGACCUCUUCCUCUGACAGUGGCAAGGCAUCGAAAUUGGAAGGACCCUUGUCAGAACGGCUUGCCCUAAAAGGCCUGCUUCUCAUUCGCGCUUGCAUCAAGAUGGUCCACAAACCAGCACAGUCCAUCAAGUACCGCUCGCCAGAGGUCAAGAAAGAACAAGAGCAGGCCAUUUCACAACUCAAGGCAGAGCUCCUGCAGGAUAACUUGAUAGUGCAAAUGGUGAAUACCAUCAUCACUCACCUAUUCAUCUUCCGCAAGUCCGACCUGGAGGCGUGGGAGGAAGACCCGCAAGAGUGGGAGCAGCAAGAGGAAAGCCAAGGUAAUGCUUACGAAUGGGAGGUCCGCCCAUGUGCUGAAAAGCUCUUCCUGGACCUACUCACAUACUACAAGGGGCUCCUCCUGCAACCACUUCUUGCUUACUUUGGGACUGCCCAGGAUCCUCAGGCAGAUAUCGCAAUCAAAGAGGCUGUAUAUACCGCCAUGGGGCUUGCUGCACCGAUAGUCUAUGAGAACUUUGACUUCGAGUCAGUCUUGAAGAGUACAGUCAGCACGGAUGCGCAGCAGACUGUCCCCUACUGUCAAGUGCUGCGGCGGCGGAUCGGAAUCCUGCUUAGCCAGUGGACCCCCAUCAAGGCGUCCAAAGAGAGUCGUCCGAUAAUCUAUGGGAUCUACAGACACUUUCUCAACCCCAAUGAUGCACAGAACGAUAUUGUGGUACGCAUCACGGCAGCUAGACAGCUCAAGGCAGUGGUAGACGAGUUCGGCUUCGAUGGCGAAAUGUUCUUGCCCUUUGCCUCGGACGUGAUUACGGAGCUCGUCAAUUUGCUCCAGCACGUAGAAGUGGACGAGACCAAGUUGGCAAUCUUGGAAACAACACGAAGUUUGAUUGAACGAAUGGAAUUCCACGUUUCUGAGUUUGGAGAUCUCGUUCUUGCCGCCCUGCCAGGGAUAUGGGACUCAGCAGGAGAUCUGGGCCUGAUGCUGAAGCAAGCUUGUCUUGCCAUCCUGCAGACGUUGGUCAUGGCCAUGAAGAGCAGCUCUCAGCGAUACCACCCGAAGAUCUUGCCACUCAUUGCUGAAGCAUCGCAGGAGGGCACGGAACUGUAUACAUACCUGAUUGAGGAGGCUUUGGAUCUGUGGAGCAACGUCUUGCUACAGACGACGCCACCCCUCUCACUCGAGCUGGUCAGCCUUGCUGAGGCCGCCAUUGUAGGCCUUACCAACCAGAACGAGCACGCCUUCACCUACAUGAGUAUCGUCGGCAGCUACAUCUCGCUGGCUCCUGAGACCAUGCUUGAGGACCGGUUCAGACCUGUUGUUCUGAAUGCGCUGAGUGCGUCAUUCAGCUCCAAGGGCCGCGAAUUGGUCGGCCUGACGACAAAGUACACGGAAUACUAUAUACGCUACGCUCACGAACUUGGAGGUGCCUCUGGACUGCAGCUCGUGGUGAAGGACAUGAUGCAGACCGGGUUCUUGACCAAGAUCUUCGAGAGCAUCCACGAUGCCUAUGAUGCACAUCAGACGUCUGGACCCAAGCGACGGCAGCCUCGUGUUGGCAUUCUGACACUGACAGACUACUUCACCGUUCUCUCUCAGAUUGCCGUCAUCGAUCCCAAUGUCUUCAUGGAGGUGCUUGCUUCGCUAGGCUCUAUCGAGCAAAUCUGGCCGUGGCUCAGUGCUGAAUGGUUUGGCUCCUUUGACACGAUAGCGGACAUUGGCCGCCAGAAGGUCAACAUGCUGGCGCUGACCCGCCUCUUGGAACUUCCUUCACCUGUACAGCAGCUUGUCCUUGCCAACUUGCAAGACUACUUCUCGAUGUGGACUGUAGUAAUGGUGCAGCUUUUGAGUGAAGAGGAGCCAGGAGUAGACACUCUUGUCCUAACCUCGGAGCCGGAGGGUACGGAGUGGGACAAUGCCAAGGACGUACGGGAGAGGGCACUGUGGAAGACUGACCCGGUCAAGACCGUCCAAUCUCUGCAGUUCGUGCGAGAACGACUGCAGAGCCUGAUGCAACGAGUCGGCGGUGAACAGGCUUUCCAGGAGCACUGGGCUGUCAACGUGGAUCAGGAGGUCUUGGCUGGAUUCCGAGCCCUGGACGCGCCGCGCAACUCCGCGAACUAGAAGAUCCGCAGACUUUGGCAGCAGAAGACACAGAGAGAGCUGUGCCACAGGCUUUUGGGAUCUCACCAUUACUAGAUUAAUUCCAUGACACGAGGCCACGAAUAAAACAAUGCAUGCCAUUUGAUGCCGCACUUUUCUGA